GUCGAAAGGCUGCGUCUAACGUGAUAGUGCUAAGUUGUCUCUGCGUCCUUGAACCUCGGUACUGCGUGCCUGAAUCCCCGGGUAUAAAGGUACACAUCAUUUCCAAGAGUCUCCUCGCGACCUACCACAGCAAUGUUCAGCAAGCUCUUGAAUGCCGCCCUCUUUACCGCUGCUAUUGCCUUUGUCCGUGUGCAUGCCGAGACUCACACUGUCUCCUUCGUGAACAAGUGCGUCGACGGAACUCCUUGGUUGUGGGGCCCGAAUGGGGCGCUCUAUACCUCAACAGGAGCAUCUAUCACCUUCGAUGGUGAAGCUCCCGGCUUGAUCUCUUACCUUCAGACAGGUAGCUGUGGCAACAACGGUGAGGGAUGCACUUUAAUCGAGGCAUCCCUUAUCAACGGAGCCAGUAGCGCAGACAUUAGUCUUAUUCCUCCCCACGAGUUCAGUGUGACUAGCGGCUUCGGCUACUACGGAGGCUGUGAGCCUGCUGGUGCCGAUUGCACAUACGCUCAAUGCCCCGACGCAUUCCACACCUCGGGCAUGACUGGGGUCCAGGUUGACUGCAUCGCUGAUAAUGUAGACCUUUCUAUCACAUUUUGUGACUGAACAAGUCCCGUUAGUAUUUGCCUGUGGCUAUGGGUAUCUCGUCUUCCCCGUCUUUGAUCGUCAACGAGUGUGUACGAUAUCGACGGCCACUGACACGCUCGG